AUGCAGUACAGGACGAACUACGGCAAAGAGCAGAGGCCUGCUGGCCCUUGGCCAGGUGGAAGACCGUACAAGGGCCCGGCCAGACUGCCUGAAGGGCACUUCGAUCCCGACGAGUUGACCCGCCGUCUGUAUGUUGUAUUGGCGGAGCAAAGACUACAGGCGGAGCGGAAACAAAGGGCUCGCGGAGAGCGAUCUGACCGCAGAGAUGGCACUCGGCACCAAGAAAAACAGCAGAAACCUGCUGAGCCAGCCGCCGACCUCAUCACGAAACUGAGACGGACCGAGUCGGCAGAGAACAAGCCAACGCACACGGCGCUUGCCGCCCCUCCUCCGGAUGUCGCGACGAAUCAAGCCAGCCAGUAUCACCACGUCCCCAGUCAAGCCGCAUCACAGUUCGUGCGAACAACCACGGUGGACAACAUUCGCAACAACGACCUCGUCCACAAGCUCUCAAAACGAGCGCUCAAAUUCCAUUUGGAUGGGCCAAGGACAGUCCGCCCAGCAGCGGUACCAGAAGAAGGCGGCGGCCACGGCGGGGAAACCGCCAUUGCACCAGCCAAGCUGUCCCGGACGCUACAGCAAACCCAGACGCAGCGCGACAAGGUCCUGGACCGCAACCAGUUCCAGCGCACCCGGAUCCUCGAGGAAGCCGCGCAGCUCGACCACCACGAGCAGCAGCCGCCGCGCAAGCACACAUUGGAAGACGAGUUCCUGCGGCUCCUGCGUCCCGCCAGCCGCCACGACAAAAGACGGAACAGCACGGGUAACGCCGCCGACAUGCAUUCCGCCAACGACAACCGCAACCACCACGUGCGCCGCUCGCUCAUCGCCAUGGAACCCCUGCUGGACGUGCUCGCCGAAGAGAAGUACAAUCUCAGCACGACCAACAGCACGACAGCACCACUCCCGGCGGAAGAGCCACCGCUGUGCCGGUUCCCGCCGGCCGACCGCACACGCGUCGACUGGACACAGAGCGACGAGCCGCGCGCCCACAACGGCCGACCGAAGCUGCUCCUCUCGCUCCCCUUGCUGCGCAAGGCCGAUUCGCUGUGGACGCUGCGCGGCAUUGGGCGGAGGGGGAGUAAAGACUCUUCGGUUCAGUCUCCCACUGGCGGUAGUGCUGCUGGGGUGCCGGAGGGAAAGGGUGAUGAGCUGUCGCCUACCAAGGCUGGGAAGACGGGUUUCUUUGCUAAGUUCAAGCGUUAA